UGAGCCAGUAGUGCAUCACCGACGAUGACUACUUAAUAAACGACCCGAUCGCGCAAUUCAAGUCGUAUUACAUUAGUGAGUGACGAUUCCUAGUGGUGGUUAAAUAAGCCGAUGCACCGAUCGAUCUAGAAAACAAAAUGGCAGCAGCAGCUAGCUCCUGCUUCUGCUCAGUUUGACUUCGGUCGAGCUAGCUAGGUAGGUGUAUUACGAGUUUACGACUUAAUUAGCUUUCGUUGCCUAUCGAGAGAGCUAGCCCGGCCGAGGGAAGAAGAAUGAUAGGGUGGGGGGACGUGUACAGGGUGGUGGCCGCCAUGGCGCCGCUCUACUUCGCCCUGGGCCUCGGCUACGGCUCGGUGCGGUGGUGGAAGCUCUUCACCCCGGACCAGUGCGAGGCCAUCAACCGCCUAGUCAUCUACUUCGCCUUCCCCUUCUUCGGCUUCGACUUCACCGCCCGCGCCGGCCCGUUCGGCGCCGGCUACCGCGUCCUGGCCGCCGACGCUGUCGCCAAGCUCGCCGUCGUGCUCACGAUCGCCGGGUGGGCAGCCGUCAAGGCUGCGAGGCCGGCGCGCCGCGGCGGCCCAUCCUACUCCUGGUGCAUCACCGGCUUCUCGCUGGGGGCGCUCAACAACGCACUCCUCGUGGGCGUGCCGCUGCUCGACGCCAUGUACGGCAAGUGGGCGCGCGACAUCGUCGUGCAGCUCUCGGUGCUGCAGGCCGUCGUGUGGUUCCCGCUGAUGCUGGUGGUGUUCGAGGCGCGGCAGGCCUGGCUGGAGAUGACGCCGGCGUCAGAAGAAGCCGCGUGUGAAGAAGGCGGUCAGGUGGCGCCGGAAAGCGGCGACGUCGACCGGCCAGUGGUAGCUGGAGACCGCCGGAAGACAGCAGCGACGGCGACGGGGUGCGCGUUCUGGCCGCCACUGCUGCGGAAGGUCGGACUCAAGCUGGCCCGCAACCCGAACGUGUACGCCAGCCUCCUUGGGGUAGCGUGGUCUUCCGUGGCAAACAGGUGGCACCUGGAGAUGCCGACCAUCCUGGAUGGCUCGAUUGCGAUCAUGUCAAGGACCGGCAUUGGAAUGGGGAUGUUUAGCAUGGGCUUGUUCAUAGGACUACAGGACAAGUUCAUCGUGUGUGGACCAGGCUUGAUGGUGUUGAGCAUGGUGCUGAGAUUUGUCGCGGCUCCAGCAGCCACCGCCGUUGGUGCCCUAAUUUUAGGGCUUCGCGGUGACCUUCUGCGUGUUGCUAUCUUGCAGGCUGCACUGCCUCAGUCUGUCGCAACAUUUAGCUUCGCGCGAGAGUAUGACCUGCAUGCUGGUGUGCUCAGUACUGCGAUUAUAAUCACCACGUUGGCUUCACUACCCGUAUUAACUACAUAUUAUGUUCUUCUAGGGCUUGUAAGAUAGAUAGACUUAUUAGUUCCUCUACUUUAAGUUGUGUUGCUUCAUUUUUCAGUGUAUAUCUAAACAAAAAUUGAUUA